AUGGCGAGCCCUCACCCCUUUGAUCCGAUCACUCCGGGAGAGAUUCAAUUGGCUGUUCAGAUCUUGGAAUCUGCUUUCCCCGACGUCAAGUUGCGAUACAAGCGAAUUGAUCUUCAGGAGCCCAUCAAGCAAGAUGUGAUUCCUUAUAUUGAAGCAGAGCGGCUGGGCAAGCCCCGUCCUCGCAAGCCUGCGCGUCUUAUCAUGGCUUUGUUCCACCGUUUGGAUAACGGCUCCUUCUAUAAGGCGCUGUUGAACGCGGACACCAAGUCUAUCGUGUCCGCAAAGGAACUUCCGAAGGAGGUCCAGGGCCCGCUGGAUAUGGAUGAAAUGCUCGAGAUAGAGCAGGUGUGCCUGAACCACCCAGCCGUGAAAGCCGAGAUUGAGAAAUUGAAGCUUCCAUCCGGCAUGACCGUUUGCCUGGAUCCAUGGAUCUACGGCACCGACAACCCUCAGGAGACCCGACGCUUGUUCCAGUGCUACAUGUACAUUGUGGCCACGGAUCACCCUGGACAUAACCAAUACUCUCUUCCUUGCCAAUUCUCCCCGGUCUUUGAUGGUAUCACCCACCAACUAGUCCGCAUGGACUACCUCCCCGGUGGCGCGGAUCACCAAGUCACGGAGACGCAGCCGUGGAAGCCGGUUCCCGCUAUCCAAUAUGCGCAUGAUUUGUUGGAUGAGCCACUACGCACUGAUUUGAAACCAUAUAUCGUGCAGCAGCCUGAGGGCGCUUCCUUUAAUGUUCUCGGUAAUGCUGUUUCAUGGCAGAAAUGGCGAUUCCGCGUUGGCUUCAAUAACAGAGAAGGAUUGGUGUUGCAUAAUGUUACUUAUGAUGGCCGCAACACCUUCUACCGAUUAUCAUUUUCAGAGAUGACUGUUCCGUACGGAGAUCCUCGUGGUCCUUAUCACCGAAAGCAAGCUUUUGACGUCGGUGAUGUCGGCUUUGGCAUCACGGCCAACCAGCUGGCACUGGGCUGCGACUGUCUAGGCCACAUUAAAUAUUUCGACGGCUACCGCACGGAUGCCCAGGGUGCUCCCAUCCAGCUCAAGAAUGUCAUCUGCAUGCACGAGCAAGACGCGGGCCUCCAGCACAAGCACACCAACUACCGUACCGGGGCCGCGACCGUUGUUCGCAACAGACAGCUGGUAGUGCAGAUGAUCUGCACUGUGGCUAACUACGAGUAUAUCUUUGCCUUUAUUUUUGACCAAGCAGCCAAUAUCGAGCUGGAAGUCCGCGCAACUGGUAUCCUUUCUACUGUGCCUUUCGAUAACACCAAUGGACAAACAGUGCCAUGGGGAACGAAUGUUGGACCGGGCGUGAUGGCUCCGUUCCACCAGCACAUGUUCUCUCUGCGCAUUGACCCCGCGCUGGAUGGCUUCAAGAAUACCAUCUAUUAUGAGGAUAGCGUUCCCAUGCCGGAGGAUGACUCAAACCCCUGGUCUGUGGGUUAUAUCACGGAAAAGAACAUUAUCAAGCAGAGUGGCAGCGCAUUCACCAGUGUGGAUCGUCAUCGCGUGUUCAAGAUCCGCAAUGAUAAUAUCAUCAACCCCAUCACGCAUCACCCCAUUGCCUAUAAGUUGCAAACAUCGCCGAGUCAAAUGAUCCUGGCUUCGCCCAAGUCUUUCGGAACCAAGCGUGCCCAAUUCGCGACUCGACCAAUUUGGGUGACUAAGUACCAAGACGAUGAGCUAUUUGCUGCAGGCGAAUUCACAAACCAGAGCAAGAGCUCCGACGGUGUGGAGGUUUGGGCUGGCAGAAAUGAUGCUGUUGAGGACCAAGAUGUGGUUUUGUGGCAUACAUUCGGUCUCACUCAUAACCCUCGUAUUGAGGACUUCCCGGUCAUGCCCAUGGAGCGUGUUAGCGUUAUGCUGAAGCCAGAUGGCUUCUUUACCAAGAACCCUGCUCUGGAUGUCCCGCAGUCUUCGCAGUCGUUCAACAAGUCGACUGAACACCCUGAGCCGACGUGCUGCUCGGGCCCACAGGAUCGGAACCAGGUGAAGUUGUAA